CAUAUAUCUCUUUGCCGAUCGUGGUGGCUCCAAUGGCCUUGGCGUCCAUGGCCAGUUUGAUAUCAACUCAUCUAUGUCAUCGUGAACUCUAUGGAAGAGGCUCUGAGGGCUACGGCUGAGUAGAAGAUCGAUGCCCUAGUCGUUCAAGGCAUGUCGUCAAUCUUCGAGGCUGCCUCAUGCUGAAGGAAUAUGGGAUUGCAGGAAUCGAAGCAGGCGGACACGGAGGAGCCAAAGCACUCCCUCUUUUCCAAUUGUUGCCCGCUGUGUUGGCAGCUGUUCCCGAAGACGGUCCACUCGUUCUCGCUGCGGGUGGUGUUGCUACCGGCGCUCAAAUCGCGUUGUUUUUGACUCUCGGGGCAUCUGGUGUUGUCCUCGGAACGCGGUUUCUCUUCACUCAUGAGUCGGCAUAUUCGGCUGCAAGAAAGGAUGUUCUCGUCCAGGCAGGGUUGAAUGCGACGGCAAGAGGUUUGAUGUUUGAUGAAGUCGGCCGUACCAUGGGUUGGCCUGAUGGUAUCGAUGGGCGGGCAAUCGCUAAUGGUAUCUGGAGAGAUCAUGACGAGGGCUUGGACCUUGAUGAGAGGCUACGGAGGUUUGAUGAGGGUGGCGCGCGGGGGGAAUCAGAGAGGCUCGUUAUCUGGGCUGGCAUGGGUGUUGGACUCACGGACAAGAUACAGAGUGCAGAGGAAGUUGUUCGGGAGUUGCGCUGGGAUGCUCUUCUGGCUCUGCAGCGGACGUCUAUUCUGCUGGGGCAACACGACAAUCACGCUUGAAUGUGCAUCUACCUGAUCUGCCUGUGCAGGGCUAGAGAUGCUGUGUGGUCUGUAAAUAGGUUGCAAUUUGUUUGCGUAUCGUUGUCUACUUGUCCGCCCACUACUUGAAGACCUUGCUACUCGAUUGGAAAAAAGGAUGUCCUCCCGCCGGCAGGGUUGAAUGCGAGACAUGAUGUUAUUUGAUGAAGUCGGCGCUGGU